GGUGGAACCUGCCGGAUCCAACGCAAACGUUCACGGGAAACAAGACGAAGGCCUGUGAGGUAAAAUGUAUCAGGUUCCGGUGGGAAACAUUGAGAAGAUCAGAAAGGCGCGCAAGGCGGUGAAAAACAUUCUUUCUGAGAUUGGCCUGGAGGAUUGUCAAAACCUGCUGAAGAAUCUCGAUGAAGUGCCUGAGACAAACGAAGAUGAAGAGGACGUCUUCCAGGAAACUAAGUGGAUUGAUCUGACGGAGGGAUACAGUACGAGGUUACAGAAAAAGUGGCGUUAUCGCUCCCGCUCUCUGUGCUGUAACCUCUGCAAGUACUCGUCCCAAAACAUCUACAACUUCAGGAGUCACGUGACCCGCUGCCAUGGAUACGUCCAGUCCUUCUGCGCGCUGGCCCCCUGCUCCCAGUGCCUCUUCAUCAGCCACCCCAAGGUCGUCAAGAGGCACAUGCUGCUCUUCCACGCCAAACUCGGCGCCCAGAUCCAAGCGCCCAGGGACCCGUCUCUACCCACCCAUCGCGGAAACGAGAGGUAUCAGUGUCGCAGAUGUGGAUUUCCGAACUCUUCGAUCUUUGCGAUGAAGAAGCACAUUAUUCUCAAGCACUUGGAGAGUUUGGCGGAACAGUAUAUAGGUUACAGAUUAAAUGUUCAAGUAAAUACCUCUGUAAAGAUCUACUGCUGCAAAGUGUGUAAGACGAACACGGGGAAUCUAGACCAAAUGCUGCAUCACAUGCUGGUCGAGCCGUCGCAUUAUUCGGUCAGCACACAAGUUCAGAGCCUGAUUUACGAGAACAAGAACUACACCAUCAAACCGACACCCAAUGGAAAUGGUCUGUUUCUGACAUUCCCAAAUAUCUCUCCCAAAAUACAGCAAGCUCAAAUAUUCAACAGUAAGUCCUUGCUUUUACCAGCGAAUGGCCAACCUACUGGGACUGUGGUGACAUUACAGCAGCUACAAGGAGCUACAAACACUGCAACUCUUUUCUGUGCCCCUGGAACCAACCAAGCUUUCCUGCCCCCUCAAGCGUCGGCACUGGUGCAGCUAGCUAGUGCCGAGGCCAAAGGUCUUCUUCAGCCUGGUGCCACGAUAUCGCUUCGAGGCGCUUUACCCCACGGACAGUCCAUGCUCCAGCUGCCCACGAUGUCUACCGUGUCUCUGAAACAGGGCCAGAUGGUUCUAGCUCAGGCUUCUGCUCAACCACAUCAGACUCCACAAGCACAGCAGCUCCUGCUCCCGUCGGGAAUGCAGGCCCACAUGGCAGCUGGAGCUGGACCCAAGCCUGCUGUGGUUGCACAAAAUGCAUCAACAAACCAAAUCAACCUGCAAGGCACCAUGCUGACUUCCCAGUCCCUGCUGAAUCACCUAAUUCCGACCGGCAACAGGGUGAACGGCAUGCCCACGUACACGUUUGCUCCACUGCAGGGAGCGAUGCCCGUCUCGCAGAGCACAAGCACCCCUCUCAAGGCCGUAGAGCAAACCAGUAACUCCGUACCACAGACUAAGAAAUGGAUUACCUGUCCCCUCUGUAAUGAACUCUUUCCUUCCAACGUGUUUGACAUUCACACAGAAGUCGCCCAUCAGGCAAAAUCCCCAUCGUCCAAGUCAGAAAGUUUAGCAGCACGAGCAUCGUUCCUGAAGAAAAUGCCAGACAAAACUGUCAAAUGUCUAACAUGCAAAACCCUUAUGUCAGAGAAGAGCGUCUUCCAGCACUUGCUGCACGGCCUGCAUUGUUUGUACUGCUCAGCCCUGUUCUACUCAAUCAAACAACUCGCCGAGCACGUGAAGCAGCACAAUCCCACAAGCAAAGCAUACUGUGAUUUCCUAAGGGAGAAGUUCAGGGUCUACUCCAAAGGUGCCGGCGGAAUCCUAUUCCCUUACUUUGACGUCUACACCACUGCACCCAAAGAGAUCCUCGGAGACGCAGAGGUCAACCUUGCCCUGGUCACGAGUACGCUCGACCUGAUCUUCUUUAAGUUGCAGCCCACCAGCCAGUCAGAACUCUGUUCAGCUCCUGCGAAACUCAACAGCAUGUACUGUCCCUUCUGUGAUGAGAAGUUCCCGAAUGACUCCAAACACCUGCAGCACCUGAAACAGAAACACUUUGUUGCUCCUACUAUCCACGCCAUCCUGAAGACAGAGGCUUUCAAGUGCAUAUACUGCAACGGCGUGUACACAGGGAAGGUCACCCAGCAGGCUGUGAUGCUCCACAUUCAGCGAUGCCGAUGUUCACCAAAACAACCACAGCCACCCAAACCUGCAGCAGCACCGCUGCCGCCGCAGCAGCAGCCUCCAAAACCAGCUCAGCAGAUCCUUCAGCCGUCCGGGCUCUACUUUGUCCAGAUGCCACAAGGGAUGACUAUGACACAGACUCCACCAUCUAUAACUCAGACUCGUGCGAUUCGACCUGCACCUGUGGAAACCACAGAGGAGCAGCAGUCAAAGAAGCGGCUGGAGGCUGCGCUGAAGCAGGCCACGGAGGACAACAAACGAGAACGAGAGGUCAAGGCGGCCAUGCGCAAGAAGCGGGAGCAGGAAAAGCUGUUGCCUCCGAAGCCCUCCGAGCCCGAGGUCCAGAGCGACCCCACGGUGAAGCUGGUUUUGGAGCCGACCCUGGUGGAGCGCCGCAGCGGAGAAGAGCGCAGAGACUUCAUAUCGAAAUACUUCAACGUGAACCCUUACGCCAACCGAGCGGAGACGGAGGAGCUGUGCAGGAGGCUUUCUCUCACCAAGCCCGAGCUGGUGGCCCUCUUCAGCAAGAAGCGCAGCAAGUGCAUGAAAAGCCUCAAGAGGAACACCGGGGCCAUUCUCCUGGGCUUCAACAUGACCGAAGUGAGGAAACUCAAGCACAACCUGCUCUUCCCACAGCUGCGGCCCAGAGAGCAGCCGCACAGCGAUAAAACGGCGCCGGCGGCGAACAGUGAGGACGCAGCGGAACCGAUGGAUGUGAGCGGGAAGUAGAAAGCUGCAGGGGAGGUGGAGUCGAUGGAAUGAGUUCAGAAAAGGACUCCGAAGCCGACCCCUCUGAUUGAACUCUGGUACUUUACCCAUGGCCUUUUGUGUUGACAGUCAGUGGAGGAGUUGAUCCUGGUGCGGAUACAGUGUAUUUCCUAACUUACACCUGAGCAGUUUCUUUAAGUAGCCAUCAUUAAUAGUGUUUCAUUUGACUUUAGAAUGUUGUCAGUGGCCCAUAACAUUAUUUCCACAUAAACACAGAGUCAUGUUGUGAUACUCCCUGAUAUAAAAUAUAUACAAGCAUAUUGAAGAUACAGGUUUAUCGUGGUGCAGAUCACUGAGCUGCAGUAUCGCAUUCAAUCUACUGACUAUGACAUCAUCACUGACUUGUGCCUGGUAGCUGUUUUUUUCACCCUUUAUUUAAACCCCUUUGUAUAAAAAGUGUGAUUUCAGUUCUUAUCUUCUAAUAUUAAAACUUAAGUGCACACCUCCAUGUAGAGUUCAGUUAUUUGGCUUUCUCUUUUUUCGUAACAUAUUGGACCUAUUUCAUUCAUGUGCACGGCUCUAUUGUUUUUGUUUCUUCACGCAGUUUCCCUCUUUGCAUUGACACAGUUUAAGGAGGAAAUGGGUUUUGCUCACCAGCUCCAUCAAACUGUAACGGUGGACGUUCUUGCUCGAUUCCCAGAACACUUGGUUAUUACUAUUAUUAAUCUCAAUUGAAUCAUGUCGUUUGCAUAAACUUUUCUUUUUUUUUUGACUGUCGUGUGAAAUCAUGAUUUGCGAAGUCCACAAAUUUGCAUAGAUCAUACUGUAGAUUCAACAGAACAUAAAUGUUAUCGAGUGUGGAUUCUUUCACCGUAAAUAUUCUGUUCUCCUGUUUUUUUAACUUGUAUUUUCAAUAAUUCCCAGAGGUUCAAGAGUGUAGGGAGAGGUCAAAAUUCUCAUACUGUCCAAGACCACUGUGUUGUAAAAAAAAAUAAAGUGGCUUCUUUUUACAUGAA